AUGGCGGUCAACGGCAUGGACAUUACAGGUCACCUCAAGAAGGGCGAGGUCAACCUCGGCACGUCCAUCAUGGCGGUUGCAUACGACAAGGGCGUCAUCCUCGGAGCCGAUUCGCGCACCACCAUGGGCUCGUACAUUGCCAAUCGCGUCACCGACAAGCUCACGCAUCUCUCGGAUCGAAUCUACUGCUGUCGAUCCGGCUCGGCUGCCGACACCCAGGCGAUUGCCGACAUUGUGACCUACUACCUUGACAUGUACAGCGUCGAAUCCGACAGUCCGCCGCAGACCAAGGUCGCCGCCAACUUGUUCCAGGAGAUCGUGUACCAGAACAAAGACCGCCUGUCCGCAGGUAUCAUUGUCGCUGGCUGGGACAAGAAGGACGGCGGACGCGUGUUCAAUGUGCCCCUGGGCGGUGGUGUGUUUGAACAACCCUGGGCCAUCGGCGGUUCCGGAAGUACUUACAUCUACGGCUACUGCGACGCAACAUGGAAGGCCGGCUGGGGCAAAGAGAAGACCCUCGAGUUCGUCAAGAAUGCAUUGUCACUCGCAAUGAGAAGAGACGGCUCCUCCGGUGGCACCAUCCGUCUCGUCGAUAUCACAGAGGACGGCGUAGAACGCCACUUUGUACCCGGUGAUCAGUUGCCAGAACUGGCAGACAAGAUUGUAUAA